GAAAUUGUUAACUUCCAGUUUCCAAGCAUCAACGGCAUCAACAUCAUCACCAACCCAAAUCAUUCAAAGCGCGACAAUAUGGGCCUCGUUGACUAUUCGGAUUCGGACGGCUCGGAUGCUGAGCAGAAGCCAACAGCCAAACUAGCACCAACUACUUCCAAACCAGCUUUCCAGAAGGUUGUCGAUCGAUCAAAUCCAGGCAAAAUAAAAGUCUCGUUGCCACAAGCUGCACUCAAAGAAGACAAACAGAGCGACGAACCUCCCGCGAAACGAGCAAAGACUGGUGGUGGGAGUGCAUUUAGCGGAUUCAAUUCGUUUCUUCCUGCCCCGAAACGAGCAGGACAAACAACCGCGACUCUUGGUGGCGGCAAUGCAGCGAAGAGAGGCCUGGGAGCUGGUGUGAAUUUAAAGACUGGAGCUGCACCUGGCUUCAGCAGAGAGCCUGAACCGGAGAGAGAGCCUGCGGAUGAAGAAGAUAAUGAACCAGCUUUUUCGAAUGAAGGAUCCGGGAUGAGCCUUCCAGCACCAAAGACAACACAGAAUGGAGAGCAAAAGCCCGCAGAGGAGGUUAAAUUGGUGGGAAAGCCAUUGAUGUUCAGACCACUAUCAGUUUCGAGAAAGUCUUCAAAGAAGAAGAAGCAAAUCCCCACACCUUCCCCCCUUAAUCCAGCAGUUAGCACUCCAGUUACUCCGCAAUCGAAAGAGACAAAGCCAGCGCAGAGACCGAAGGUCUCUCUAUUCUCCAUGGACACACCGGAGGAGAAGCCUAUCACACCAGCGUCCAAGGGCGAAUACCAACCUAUGAUGCUCGAGGUCGAGGAGGCGGGAGAAGAUGAGGGGGACUCUCAAGGCCUCGAGCCCUCUUACGAAGAUUACACACCCACAUCCUCACAGCAUAUGGCACCUCCUGCUGUCCCAACACCGCCUGUCUCUCAAUCACUCGACGACAUAGCCGGGGAUUUGAACCUAUCAGCAGCUGAGCGGAGACGAUUAUUUGGGAGACAGAAGGGGGGCCGUGGAAUGCAGUCGGCGACGAAAGUCAUCAAUUUCAAUACUGACCAGGAAUAUCUUCAUAAUGAAGAAAUUCGUGCUGCUGGCGAGCAAGUCACGCAUAAUCCUGUCAGGGCUAUUGCGCCUGGCAAGCAUAGCUUGAAACAGCUUGUCAAUGCUGCGCAGAGUCAGAAGGAGGCUCUGGAGGAGAGCUUUGCGAAGGGGAAGAGUAAUCGGGCGGAAGCUAGUAGUAGAUAUGGAUGGUAAUGUCCUGGUGGUUAGGACUCCUUUAGGGCUGAGAAUGAUACCCUUGUUUACGCGAGCCAGAUGAUGCUCGUAAUGUUGAUGAUUUUGCCCCAGACCUAUCCAUUCAAAUGAAAUGUAAAGCAAAGCCUCCAGCUUGAGUUGGUUCUGGGAACUACACAUAGCUUCCCAGAAAACGUCUUCGCCAUUGCCCCUACCAUAGCUUCAUUUUCGCUGCUCAAAUGUUAUUCAUAGCACCAAUCAGGCGUACGACAAUGCUAGGCAUAGAUAAGUACAUGCCGUCUAAAACCUUCGGUGAGCUACUGGCGGCAAGCAAAUCCCUUUGAUAACCUUGUGAACCAUGUCGUGACGAGUGUGCUCCCUUUGAUAAUACUUUAUCUCGCUUUGUCUUGAUGGAGCGUCAGUUAACGAACCCAGGUCUACAAAGCGAAGUAUCUUACUUCCCCGGACGACACCCACGACUGCACAUGAAGAUAGUGGGAGAGGUAUCAAGCUCUCUCUUAGUCCAUAAGUCUGGCGGUGGAUGAUCAGUCCACAACGCCAAGCUGAGUUCCGCCUAUUGGAAAUAGUAAGUCGAUAGUAUAUCAUCAUUACAUCUCCUCCCAGCUGCAUAUUCACAAACAAAAUUCGUUUCAAAGAACCGCCGAAUGAUUACAUAUAGUUGAUCAGAUUCGACAAACCCCCAAAUAAGAAAUGUAGACUCAGUGGCAAAAUGUGACGAUACGACGCAUCAUUUCAUCACGAUCACCAUAUCCCUUUCCCGUGCAUCAUAAAUUUUCUUGAUCCGGAACACCAGAUCAUAAUAACCACGGUGGAUCCACAUCAUGAAACAAGCUGAACACAAAAUAAAAGAGGCAGAGCAAUGAGAAACGAUCUGUACGCGCUCAGGAUGAAGAAACCACUUCCCCACCAUCCCGAGCUCAUGGAAAAAACAUGCCAAACGAACGACAGCCGAGCAGUGAAGUAUAUUUAGAGCCUUAACAUUGUCAGAUACGGGAACGGGGAUGGCUUCCGUACCCGUGGCCAGCAGUAAUGAGCGAGCGGAUUGGUACAUGAGCCUGGCUUAACAUGUUUCAUGUUUUGCUCUGCUGUCAUGAUGAUGGCUUCAGCUCGGCAACAAGGCAAAGGAAAACGUAGAAUUUAAGGCUCGGUAGGGUAUACGAUCUGACUGAACACUAGGUCACAUCGUCCCGUGGCUGACCCCGUUGGGGAUGGCUGCAUCAUAGGUGACCGACAGGGGCCAGAACUUAGAAACGAAGCUUGAUAUGGAAGGAAGGAGACCUUGCUGGCGCUCGACACUCUGUUCGAGACGACACUAUCAAUAAAAAUGUCCAUCAAUAAAUGGCAAUCAGUAAAGGUCCAACAAUAGAUGUCCACGACAAAAUCGCGUGACGAGUAGCUCGCGUUGACGUAGUGCAGUAGUGUGUAUCGUUCCUGUGGAAAAUGGGCAGCAGUUCUUCCUUUGGCGGAAAAGCUGCUGCAAUGAAGAUAGGCAACGAUGUCGAAAAUGUGACGACUUCUAUCUUGAGCGAUUUCCACAUGCACAAUUGUGAUGUGAGUGACCAGUGAGAACUCAUGACAGACCG